AUGGCGACUAAUCGAUGGUCACGUGUUCGAAAAGCUUAUCAAUCGGGUGAACUUGGAAAGCAGACGGUACCGAAACAUAUCGAAUCGAAGCGAACAGUGCGUCGAAACGCAUUAGCUGACAUAUCGACAGUUGCGACGAAGGCCAACGAAACAUCUCAAAAACAUCAAUACCAACAAUUAGCCGAACGCGUUCGAGAACUUCAAAAAGAAGUCGUGCCAGAUCUUCUUCUCUAUCCAAUCACAUCACCGUACUCUCCCUUUUCGUCAAUAACACCGAGUUCUACUAAUAGUUUCGCCAGUUUGCCAAGCUAUGCACGCCAACAGAGCACGCCUGCUUCGACAACGUCAUUCGUGCCUAAUCAACGAUUUGGCUUAUCAACGAAAAUUCUCGAACGAGCACACGAUAUUCCGGAGAGAUUCUGGAUCGAUUGGCAACAGAAACAAAUGCAAGAACAAAUUGAAGAAUUAGAAUAUAUCAAGAACAACCUUCAUCGUAGUCCAACUACAUCAAUACUUGCUAAUGAAACGGAUGAGAAUGGAACAGAUGGCUUCGUUAUUGAUCCUCAUCUUCGCAAUAAUGAAGCUCGUCGUCGAAGUGCUUUAUACUUACAAGAAGCACAACGUUUGGCCAAUGAACGACGUACCAGUCUCGCUCGAACGACGACCCUCAAUGAAUCAAUACCGGAAAAUAGUUUAGAAACGUCGUCCAUAUACGACAACGACAGUGACAAUGAAAGUUUAUUUGAUUUCGAUCGACGUUCAGACGAGACUAUCGAACCGGCAAACCUAAGCGAUGUCGAUGAAGUUCCAGCAAAACCAAUUAGUCUUGUUGAAGACAAUCAGUCGAACGAAGAACCUUCUUCUCUAACAAUAUCAUUACCAUUUACUUAUACAAAUACACGAGAACAAAUAAUCUUUCCUACUAAUUAUCGCCAAACAUCGAUUCGACCAACAUUAGAGAGAGUCAUUGAAAUUAAUGAUAAUGUAAUACAAACAGAUUCUCCGACAAGUAGUGUUGAAGAUGUAGCACAAAUUAAUACGGAAUAUAAUGUCACAUUGCUCAAACGAGCAGACCCAUUGAAAAUCAAUCCUUUGUAUUACACAAGAGCGACUGUUAAUCGCACUAUUCAAUUUCAGAAAUUUCGACCGAUCGAGUCAUUAAUUUCGAUGAAAUCGCUCGAGCAAGAAAACACAUCUCCAAUUCCGAUAUACAGACAAAGAUCAAUGCAGACAGAUCGAUCAUUAUCACCAACACUUUCGUUCAUAUCAGCACGAUCAAGACUUUCAUCGAUCACAGACAUCGACGAUCAACUUGACGACGAUGAUAUUCGAUCACAAACAGUUACAAGAUGA